GCUACAAAUAAUAAUUGCAUUUUUACAUAAAAGGAAAGAGUUAAGUUAAAAUUUAAUAAUUUAAUUGAUAAAAUAAAUUUAUUUUAAUUAUUUUCUAAUCCUAAAAAAUUGUUUAUUAUUAAAACUGAAUUAUUAACAAUUUUUUAAUAUUAAUAAGUAUUAAUUCAAUUUUAUAUUUGGUUGGCUAUGUUAAAUUAGAUUUAUAGAAGGAGUUAAUUCAAAGAAUUAAUAAACAAAUACGAAAACUUCUUUUUUGAUUGUGAUGGAGUGCUUUGGAAAUCGAGCAACAUUAAAAUAAAACAUGCAUUUGAGGCAUUAGAUGCUUUGAAAAAUGAAGGAAAAAAUGUAUUUUUUAUAUCAAAUAAUUGUAUGAGAAGUAGGAGAGUUAUAUAGGAAAGAUUAAAAAAUUUUGGAUUCGAAACUACUUAAGAUCAUAUACAUCUCUCUAGUUCGUUAUUAGCUCACUAUAUUUCAAGAGAGAAAAAGGAUAUUAAAAAAGUUUACUUGAUAGGAAUGCCUGGAAUAGUUGAAGAAUUUAGAAACCAUAACAUCGAUAUAUUGGAUUCAGAAGAGCAUAAUCAAAAAAGAAUAACAGAGCAUAAAGAUGUAGAAUAUAUGGAAAUAGAUAAAAAUAUAAAUGCAGUUGUUUUAGGCUAUAAUUAUAAUAUAAAUUACUAUAAAAUGUGCUAUGCUAGUCUUUUAAUGUAAGAAAAUAAAGCUCAAUUUUUUGCAAGUGAAGACACUCCUUUGAUAAAGUUUAGAAAUGGCAGAUAUAUGCCAAGUGUUGGAACAUUAACCCAAUCACUAACAUAUGGGCUUAGAGAAAAGUUUCCAAACUCUGUAUAAAAAAUAAACUUAUCUAAGCCUAGUGAAUAUGCUUUAUUGUAAUUUGUCAAAGAUUUCAAACUUGAAUUAAAUAAAUCAGUUAUGAUAGGAGAUAAAAUAGAUACAGAUCUAGAGAUGGCUAAAAGAGCAAAUAUAGAUUCGGUUUUGGUAUUAACAGGAGAGACAAGAGAAAAUAAUUUACAUGAAGUUAAAUCUCUUGGGGAUAAAUAUCUUUCUAACCAUAUCAUACAUGUAUGUGAAAAUUUAAACAUUUGAUUGUGGAACUUAAGAUUUAUUUUAUUUUCACAGUAUUAAGUUAAAUCAAUUUAAAAAGUAAAUUAGAAUUUUCUAAAUAAAUUACAAAAAUGGGUGAUUAAAAGAAUAAUUUUAUAAUUACUUUUUUUCUUAAAGAUUAACUAAAGUAAAACAAAUACACUUGAAAGGAUUCUAUGAAUAUUUAUUUUUAUUUUAAUCAAUAACAUAAAUGUAUCAAUUAAUUUAUAAAAAGAUUAAAUAGAAAUAUACUUUAACUUAGUGAAAUCUUUUUUAAAAAUUAAAAUACUUUUCAAAAAAAUUAUUUUUUUUUCUGUAUCUGAAAAAUGUUUUUAAAAAUAUGUUGAGCUAAAUUAAAUAUUUUAUAUUUAUUUAAAUAAUGAAUUAAUUAUUAAAAUAAAUUCACUUAAUAACCAAAUUAUUCAUAAAUGAAUAAAUAAAUUUUGUAUCCUAAAAUUAAUUUUUGAUUUUAAUUUUAAAAAAUUAUAAAAGCUAUUUGAUAUUAAUUGACAAGAUAAUCAUUUGCUUAUUUAUUGUAAAAUAUGUUAUUUUUUUUAUCUUUCAUUUUAUAUUUUUUUUUUAUUUUUUUAUCAACUUUUUUAAAUAUUUCUUAAUUAAUUUUAAAAUUUAUUUUAAUUUUAUUAAUUUAUCUAAAUGAUUUGUGUUUUAAUCUCUGCUUUUCAUUUUAAUUGAAUUUUUUAAUAUUUUUUAAUUUCUUUUUUUUAAAUUAUUUUUUUAGUAUUUAAUUUUCUUCUUUUGAAUAUUUUAUCUAUCUGUCUAUCAAUUUAUCAUUUUCCUAUUUUAGUAAAUAUUUUAAAAAUCAAAAAUAAUAUUUUGGAAAAAGAUUGAUAUAAUUUGCUAAUUGAUUAGAUUAUUUUUGAGUUAUGAGAGAAUUCGAAUUCGGAUUUAAAAACUUAAGGGGAUAUCUCGUAAGCAAACAUUUUGGCCUAUGAAUUAAAAACUAUUGUUUCUCCUCCUCUCAUAAUAUCAAAAAUUUUUAAUCAAUAGCUAUAUCAAUAUAAACUAAAUUUCGCUAUUCCAAAUUAUUUAAAAAUGAGCGCUUUUUUGUUGAAAAGCCGGGUAUGGUGGAAUGUUAUGAUUUUGUAAGCUGGAUCUAUUCGUGUGAAAUAGAAAAUCUAAAAACUAAGUUUUGCUCUCAUAUUUAAAUAUACUUUUAUUAAUCUUAAUUUUCUUUUUUGAAAAUUCAAAAUUAAUUUGUUAUUUUUUUUAAUUAUUCUU